CGGCCGCACCCCCUCCCAGCCCGCGGCGCCCCGGCACCCCUCUCCCUCCCCGGCGGGCUCCGCGGAGCAUUGUACUCACAUCCGGGGCUGGGUUUUGCUUUAAUGCGAAACGUAAUUAACCCGGAAAAAAGAGCCGAGGGACGGGAGAGAAGGAGGGGGCACUGGGGGAGACCAGAGCGAGGGGAGCGAGAGGCGCGGAGAGUUUGGCAGGCAGACCCAGAAAUCCCUGGAGCGCGGCGGACCCGGCGGCCGGAGGGGCGACCCCGCCCGAUGUAACGCGCCCCGCCCGAGCCCCGGCCCCUGCACGGGGGGGGUGAUGUGAGCAGAGCCCAGGAAUGCCUUAUGUGGAUCGGCAGAACCGAAUCUGUGGGUUUCUGGACAUCGAGGAGCAUGAGAACAGCGGCAAGUUUCUGCGGAGGUACUUCAUUCUGGACACCCAGGCUAACUGCCUCCUCUGGUAUAUGGACAACCCCCAGAAUCUGGCAAUGGGGGCAGGAGCUGUUGGAGCUUUGCAACUGACCUACAUCUCGAAGGUGAGCAUAGCUACCCCAAAACAGAAACCAAAAACUCCAUUUUGCUUUGUUAUCAAUGCCCUGUCUCAGAGAUAUUUCCUUCAAGCCAAUGAUCAGAAAGAUAUGAAGGACUGGGUUGAAGCCCUGAACCAAGCCAGCAAGAUCACCGUUCCCAAAGGUGGGGGCCUACCCAUGACCACUGAAGUUCUCAAGAGCUUAGCAGCUCCUCCAGCCCUGGAGAAGAAGCCACAGGUGGCCUACAAGACGGAGAUCAUUGGAGGGGUGGUGGUCCACACACCCAUCAGCCAGAACGGUGGGGAUGGGCAGGAAGGGAGUGAGCCCGGGUCCCACACCAUCCUUCGAAGGUCUCAGAGUUACAUCCCCACGUCAGGCUGCCGUGCUUCCACCGGGCCUCCCCUCAUUAAGAGUGGUUACUGCGUGAAGCAAGGGAAUGUGCGGAAGAGCUGGAAACGUCGCUUCUUUGCACUUGAUGACUUUACCAUCUGCUACUUCAAGUGUGAGCAGGACCGAGAACCACUGCGCACUAUAUUUCUUAAGGAUGUUCUCAAGACCCAUGAAUGUCUGGUCAAGUCUGGUGAUCUCUUAAUGAGGGACAACCUGUUUGAAAUAAUAACAAGCUCCAGGACCUUCUACGUACAGGCAGACAGUCCAGAAGACAUGCACAGCUGGAUUAAGGAGAUUGGCGCAGCUGUCCAGGCCCUCAAGUGCCACCCCAGAGAAACGUCCUUUUCUAGAUCCAUUUCUUUGACCCGACCUGGAAGCUCCAGCCUUUCAAGUGGGCCCAACUCUAUCCUGUGCAGGGGGCGGCCACCUUUGGAGGAAAAGAAAGCCCUCUGCAAAGCCCCCUCUGUGGCCUCCUCCUGGCAGCCCUGGACACCUGUCCCCCAGGCUGGGGAGAAGCUGCUUCCACCUGGAGAGACUUCAGAGGACUCUUUGUUCACGCCUCGUCCUGGGGAGGGCAGCGCUCCUGGGGUGCUGCCCAGCUCCCGGAUAAGGCACAGAUCGGAGCCCCAGCACCCCAAGGAGAAGCCGUUUAUGUUCAACCUUGAUGAUGAAAACAUACGGACCUCUGAUGUGUGAUGGAGCACAGUGCCGUGGGAGGGAGGGAGGGAGGGAGGACUUGAGAGAAGGAGGCUGUGACUCAGUUUCUCUACCUUGUUGGAGGGUAGUCAGAGGCCUUUAUGUCACUCAUAUUCCUGUGGAUGCUCUUUGGGAGGGAGGGGCCCAUCCAGCUGGGCUGUGUGUGUGUGUGUGUGUGUGUGUGUGUGUGUGUAAUAUCAACGCAGUGUAUUUAAUUUGGGGAAGUCACUAGGUUAGAACUGUAGGCAUACUCAGUGGAGAGGAAGCUACCUAUUCUAUUCUAACUAUUCUGAGGUCUUCCUGGAGAGGGAUUGUUUUAGCAGCUCCUCUCCAGAGGGGGCUGGAAGUCCAGUUUCACCAAUGACCGAGUUUUAUUUCCUUGUCCUUGUUUUAGUUUUUUCAUUUUGUUUUCAGUCUAGGUGCCUCGCAGCUCUUUUGGAAUGGGCCAGCAUUAGUCUAAUUUUAAGCGCUAUGUGUUUUGUACCCUUGCAAACUUGCUUUCUCUUUCUUCUUGCUGUUGCCCUUUGAAUGAAGCCUUGUGUGCUUGCAUGAUCAGACCCUGUAAUAGGAUGAGUUUCCAUGUACUUAACAUGAAGAGAUACAAACAGAAUCUAGAGAGAGAUAUAUAUUUUUAAUGAAAUAGAAGCUUGGCAUAGAAACAUUGAUUUAGACGUUAUGAGUUGCUGGCCAGAGAUUCCUCAGAUAAAAGAGCCUAGAAAAUUGAGUUUUGAGCGGGCAUGGUGGCUCACGCCUGUAAUGCCAGUAGUUUGGGAGGCUGAGGCGGGUGGAUCACCUGAGGUCAGGAGUUCGAGAUCAGCCUGGCCAACAUGGUGAAACCCCGCCUCUACUAAAAAAUAUGCAAAAUUAGCCGGGCGUGGUGGUGCAGGCCUGUAAUCCCAGCUACUCAGAGGCUGAGGCAGGAGAUUCACUUGAACCCAGGAGGUGGAGGUUGCAGUGAGCCAAGAUCGCGCCAUUGCACUCCAGUCAGGGCAACAAGAGUGAAACUCCGUCUCAAAAUAUAAAAGAAAAUUGAGUGUCCCACCCAAAUUUUAGGGCGUACCUCCUUCCAUUUGAUAAGAAGAUGCUAUUUCCAGUGUCCCUGGGAGAAUUCUUCCAUCCAGUUUAUAUGGUGAAUUGCCACCAGUGUUCCCUAAAGGAAGAGAGAACUUAGCUUAUUUCUGUCUGUGACUUUUAUCAGCUAGAUCAGUUAAUUGUAUUUUUAAAUUAAAAAUUAGUAACUAGAGGAAGAGACUAAGAGAACUAUUUUUACCUGAGUAAAUGCUCUCCUCUUCUUGUGUCCAAAUCUAAUGCAGAGGUGAAAACACUUGAUGAGAAAAUCCUUUGUGGCUUGAGGGGAAUCAUGUUUCUUUCAGGACGUGUUGUUUCCCUGAAGUCUAUGUCACACUGAGAACUUUUUCUGACUGCACUGCUUUGGAGCUAUUCAUUUAAAUUGAGUUUGGCCUAGUUUUCCUGGUAUAAAACAGGAAAUCUACAUUGUUCCCUCUUUCUCUCCCUUCCAUCCCUUCCCCUGCCUUUCCUAUACACGCUGGUGUGCUUUUGCCCUCAGAAAUUCUUGGUUUGGGACUUAUGUAUUUUUGAGUGAUCGAUGUUAUGACAUACUUGGAGCGGCAUGAUUUCAAGAAGCCAUUCCAAAUUCUUAUAGCUCCUUAGCUCUGGUUUUACUCUCAUAUUUUCCCCAAGAAAAUUUUUUGGCUAUUCAAAGAAAGCACAAAAUAUGUGAUGUGGAACUAAUGAAAAUAGGGACUUUUGAGAUCUCUUUAAAUAUUCCCUGACUCACGGAAAAGAUGUCCUCUUUUGGUGUAUACAUUGUGAAAAUCUACCCAUUUAUCUCUCUCUCUCUCUUUUCUUUUAAAUAAAUUAUCUGAUAAGGCCGGCAAGGUGGCUCACGCCUGUAAUCCCAGCACUUUGGGAGGCCGAGGUGGGCGGAUCACGAGGUCAGGAGAUCGAGACCGCGGUGAAACCCCGUCUCUACUAAAAAUACAAAAAAAAAAUUAGCCGGGCGCAGUGGCAGGCGCCUGUAGUCCCAGCUACUUGGGAGGCUGCGGCAGGAGAAUGGUGUGAACCUGGGAGGCAGAGCUUGCAGUGAGCCAAGAUCGCGCCACUGCACUCCAGCCUGGGCGACAGAGCAAGACUCCAUCUCAAAAAAAAAAUUAUCUGAUAGGUUACUAUUGCUAAAUUAAUUGGCCAUUAUAAUAAGCUGAUUUGUUUCUUAUUCAGCAAGAUCUCUUUUGAGAAUGUGACAAAUUAAACAUACAUAGAAUCCAUAUGGUAUUAUCCUGAUAAAGGGAAACGAGGACACUAAGACUGUCAAAUGGAAAUCUUCUUGUCAAUUGGCAAACACUUGGGAAUUCCACAUUAGAGCAUUGCUUGUUUUUAAUUUUUUUUUUUUAAUUUUUAAAAGACAGGGUCUCACUCUCUUACCCAGGCUAGAGUGCAGUGGUGUGAUCAUAGUUCAUCAUAACUUUGAAUCUCUGGGCUUAAGCAAUCCUCCCAUGUUAGCUUCCCAAGUAGCUAGGACUACAGGGUUGUGCUACCAUGCCUGGCUAAUUUUUAAUUUUUUUGUAUCUACAGAGCCUGGCCAUGUUGCCCAGGCUGUCUCAAACUCCUGGCCCAAGUGAUCCUCCUGCCUUGGCCUCCUAAAGUGUUGGGAUUACAGGUGUGAGCCACUGCACCUAGCCAGAACAUUGUUAAUGUAGUUCAAUAUGAGAUAAAUUAUUAUCUUCAAUGAAACAAGCUCUAAAAGCAUUCCAUUCCUAAAUUGUAUUUCAAACUUCCUAUUUUGUUGAUAUUUCUUAACUUCUGGCCAGUUUUAAACCAUAAUCUUUUAAUGUGAACCAAAGAUGGUAUGUAUUUGACCAAAGCAGUUAGUUUUAAAUGUAUAAAAUUGAACCAAAUGGAAAAAAUAGGGUGGGGAUGCAGUAUAGAUUAGUGACUAAGUGCAUAGGCUCUGGAGUAAAUCUGAGUUUUUUUUUUUUAAAGGAACUAAAAAAUGUACUGCAUUUUCUUUGUGGAAUAAAAGCCUUGCCUGAGUUGUGCUAUUUUCAUAAGGCUUUUGAAGUGGUCUUGACCCACUGUGUGUAACAGUAUUUCAGGUGGUCCUCCCCAUGGCUGAAUAAUGCCAUCCAUUAUUCUUUAAUUUUUAUUUUUAGAAACAGUGUUUCACUCUGUCACCCAGGCUGGAGUGCAGUGGCCUGAUCAUGGCUCACUGCAGCCUGGACCUCCUGGGCUCAAGUGAUCUUCCUGCCUCACAGCCUCCCAAAGUACUCAGAUUAUAGGUGUGAGCCACCACGCCUGGCCACCAUCUAUUACUUUUGAAAUCUUCAAAAGACUUGCUUACUCAACGUCAGCUGAUGGUUGGUAAAAAUAAUUUGGCCUUUAGUGUUAAGUGAGACAUCAUAAGGGUAUUGAGGCAUACAUUUUGGAGAUUGAUGUCAGGUCAGAAUAUUGGAGUUAUACAUCUAUUUCUGAGUUGAAUACUCAGCUCCCACGAGAAAGAAAGUAGUUUUAAGGUCCAGCUUCUUAGUCUACUUGAAGCAAAUUUUUUUUCUUUUAUAUUUCUGAAUAUAAAUAUACUCUUAUAUGGGCUAAAAGGACCCCAUGAAUAAAUAGCAGGUUCAGUAGUUGAGGAGUGGAAUUUAGUAGGUUUGUUUUCAGUGUAAAUUAGAUAACAUAUGUGGAGGUCACAGCAUUUUGGAAAUUGAGUGUCCCCAAGUGAGCUUUGUUUAUAAACUUUCGAAAUGUCGGAAGUGGACAGGUUUGUUAAAUCUUGUCUGCCAGCACCCUUUUCUUCCUUUGUUCCUUUUCCUCUCUGUGUUAUUGCCUGCGGCAGCCAGUCCUUCAUACUAGAUAGAGUUCAGAUAAAGCAAACGUUUGGCAAAAACAUACUGUUUGACCUCCUCCCCCUCUGCUUAUGAAGGGGUAGCAUGAUUCUGUGUUUUAAAGCAGUGAUGUUUCAGCUGUGAAGUGCACUCGCUGUAAGCGCUAGGCUGAGUGCAUGGAAACUGUUACGCUUCUCAUUUUAUGUGAUCUCCUAAUUGGUAUGUAGCAAAAAUUUUCUAAAACUGUUUUGUGGCUUGUUUUGUAAUAAAACCAUGUGAAAUACUGAAA